AUGAGUCCCCAUCCCUAUGAGCUGACUGAAAUGAUCCAAUCCACCGCAUUGGUUAGUCCCCAUCCCUAUGAGCCAACUGAAAUGAUCCAAUCCACCGCAUUGGUUAGUCCCCAUCCCUAUGAGCCGACUGAAAUGAUCCAAUCCACCGCAUUGGUUAGUCCCCAUCCCUAUGAGCCGACUGAAAUGAUCCAAUCCACCGCAUUGGUUAGUCCCCAUCCCUAUGAGCCGACUGAAAUGAUCCAAUCCACCGCACUGGUUAGUCCCCAUCCCUAUGAGCCGACUGAAAUGAUCCAAUCCACCGCAUUGGUUAGUCCCCAUCCCUAUGAGCCGACUGAAAUGAUCCAAUCCACCGCAUUGGUUAGUCCCCAUCCCUAUGAGCCGACUGAAAUGAUCCAAUCCACCGCAUUGGUUAGUCCCCAUCCCUAUGAGCCGACUGAAAUGAUCCAAUCCACCGCAUUGGUUAGUCCCCAUCCCUAUGAGCCGACUGAAAUGAUCCAAUCCACCGCAUUGGUUAGUCCCCAUCCCUAUGAGCCGACUGAAAUGAUCCAAUCCACCGCAUUGGUUAGUCCCCAUCCCUAUGAGCCGACUGAAAUGAUCCAAUCCACCGCAUUGGUGAGUCCCCAUCCCUAUGAGCCGACUGAAAUGAUCCAAUCCACCGCAUUGGUUAGUCCCCAUCCCUAUGAGCCGACUGAAAUGAUCCAAUCCACCGCAUUGGUUAGUCCCCAUCCCUAUGAGCCGACUGAAAUGAUCCAAUCCACCGCAUUGGUUAGUCCCCAUCCCUAUGAGCCGACUGAAAUGAUCCAAUCCACCGAAUUGGUUAGUCCCCAUCCCUAUGAGCCGACUGAAAUGAUCCAAUCCACCGCAUUGGUUAGUCCCCAUCCCUAUGAGCCGACUGAAAUGAUCCAAUCCACCGCAUUGGUUAGUCCCCAUCCCUAUGAGCCGACUGAAAUGAUCCAAUCCACCGCAUUGGUUAGUCCCCAUCCCUAUGAGCCGACUGAAAUGAUCCAAUCCACCGCAUUGGUUAGUCCCCAUCCCUAUGAGCCGACUGAAAUGAUCCAAUCCACCGCAUUGGUUAGUCCCCAUCCCUAUGAGCCGACUGAAAUGAUCCAAUCCACCGCAUUGGUUAGUCCCCAUCCCUAUGAGCCGACUGAAAUGAUCCAAUCCACCGCAUUGGUUAGUCCCCAUCCCUAUGAGCCGACUGAAAUGAUCCAAUCCACCGCAUUGGUUAGUCCCCAUCCCUAUGAGCCGACUGAAAUGAUCCAAUCCACCGCAUUGGUAAGUCCCCAUCCCUAUGAGCCGACUGAAAUGAUCCAAUCCACCGCAUUGGUUAGUCCCCAUCCCUAUGAGCCGACUGAAAUGAUCCAAUCCACCGCAUUGGUUAGUCCCCAUCCCUAUGAGCCGACUGAAAUGAUCCAAUCCACCGCAUUGGUUAGUCCCCAUCCCUAUGAGCCGACUGAAAUGAUCCAAUCCACCGCAUUGGUUAGUCCCCAUCCCUAUGAGCCGACUGAAAUGAUCCAAUCCACCGCAUUGGUGAGUCCCCAUCCCUAUGAGCCGACUGAAAUGAUCCAAUCCACCGCAUUGGUUAGUCCCCAUCCCUAUGAGCCGACUGAAAUGAUCCAAUCCACCGCAUUGGUUAGUCCCCAUCCCUAUGAGCCGACUGAAAUGAUCCAAUCCACCGCAUUGGUUAGUCCCCAUCCCUAUGAGCCGACUGAAAUGAUCCAAUCCACCGAAUUGGUUAGUCCCCAUCCCUAUGAGCCGACUGAAAUGAUCCAAUCCACCGCAUUGGUUAGUCCCCAUCCCUAUGAGCCGACUGAAAUGAUCCAAUCCACCGCAUUGGUUAGUCCCCAUCCCUAUGAGCCGACUGAAAUGAUCCAAUCCACCGCAUUGGUUAGUCCCCAUCCCUAUGAGCCGACUGAAAUGAUCCAAUCCACCGAAUUGGUUAGUCCCCAUCCCUAUGAGCCGACUGAAAUGAUCCAAUCCACCGCAUUGGUUAGUCCCCAUCCCUAUGAGCCGACUGAAAUGAUCCAAUCCACCGCAUUGGUUAGUCCCCAUCCCUAUGAGCCGACUGAAAUGAUCCAAUCCACCGCAUUGGUUAGUCCCCAUCCCUAUGAGCCGACUGAAAUGAUCCAAUCCACCGCAUUGGUUAGUCCCCAUCCCUAUGAGCCGACUGAAAUGAUCCAAUCCACCGCAUUGGUUAGUCCCCAUCCCUAUGAGCCGACUGAAAUGAUCCAAUCCACCGCAUUGGUUAGUCCCCAUCCCUAUGAGCCGAUUGAAAUGAUCCAAUCCACCGCAUUGGUUAGUCCCCAUCCCUAUGAGCCGACUGAAAUGAUCCAAUCCACCGCAUUGGUUAGUCCCCAUCCCUAUGAGCCGACUGAAAUGAUCCAAUCCACCGCAUUGGUAAGUCCCCAUCCCUAUGAGCCGACUGAAAUGAUCCAAUCCACCGCAUUGGUUAGUCCCCAUCCCUAUGAGCCGACUGAAAUGAUCCAAUCCACCGCAUUGGUUAGUCCCCAUCCCUAUGAGCCGACUGAAAUGAUCCAAUCCACCGCAUUGGUUAGUCCCCAUCCCUAUGAGCCGACUGAAAUGAUCCAAUCCACCGCAUUGGUUAGUCCCCAUCCCUAUGAGCCGACUGAAAUGAUCCAAUCCACCGCAUUGGUUAGUCCCCAUCCCUAUGAGCCGACUGAAAUGAUCCAAUCCACCGCAUUGGUUAGUCCCCAUCCCUAUGAGCCGACUGAAAUGAUCCAAUCCACCGCAUUGGUUAGUCCCCAUCCCUAUGAGCCGACUGAAAUGAUCCAAUCCACCGCAUUGGUUAGUCCCCAUCCCUAUGAGCCGACUGAAAUGAUCCAAUCCACCGCAUUGGUGAGUCCCCAUCCCUAUGAGCCGACUGAAAUGAUCCAAUCCACCGCAUUGGUUAGUCCCCAUCCCUAUGAGCCGACUGAAAUGAUCCAAUCCACCGCAUUGGUUAGUCCCCAUCCCUAUGAGCCGACUGAAAUGAUCCAAUCCACCGCAUUGGUUAGUCCCCAUCCCUAUGAGCCGACUGAAAUGAUCCAAUCCACCGAAUUGGUUAGUCCCCAUCCCUAUGAGCCGACUGAAAUGAUCCAAUCCACCGCAUUGGUUAGUCCCCAUCCCUAUGAGCCGACUGAAAUGAUCCAAUCCACCGCAUUGGUUAGUCCCCAUCCCUAUGAGCCGACUGAAAUGAUCCAAUCCACCGCAUUGGUUAGUCCCCAUCCCUAUGAGCCGACUGAAAUGAUCCAAUCCACCGCAUUGGUUAGUCCCCAUCCCUAUGAGCCGACUGAAAUGAUCCAAUCCACCGCAUUGGUUAGUCCCCAUCCCUAUGAGCCGACUGAAAUGAUCCAAUCCACCGCAUUGGUUAGUCCCCAUCCCUAUGAGCCGACUGAAAUGAUCCAAUCCACCGCAUUGGUUAGUCCCCAUCCCUAUGAGCCGACUGAAAUGAUCCAAUCCACCGCAUUGGUUAGUCCCCAUCCCUAUGAGCCGACUGAAAUGAUCCAAUCCACCGCAUUGGUAAGUCCCCAUCCCUAUGAGCCGACUGAAAUGAUCCAAUCCACCGCAUUGGUUAGUCCCCAUCCCUAUGAGCCGACUGAAAUGAUCCAAUCCACCGCAUUGGUUAGUCCCCAUCCCUAUGAGCCGACUGAAAUGAUCCAAUCCACCGCAUUGGUUCGUCCCCAUCCCUAUGAGCCGACUGAAAUGAUCCAAUCCACCGCAUUGGUUAGUCCCCAUCCCUAUGAGCCGACUGAAAUGAUCCAAUCCACCGCAUUGGUUAGUCCCCAUCCCUAUGAGCCGACUGAAAUGAUCCAAUCCACCGCAUUGGUUAGUCCCCAUCCCUAUGAGCCGACUGAAAUGAUCCAAUCCACCGCAUUGGUUAGUCCCCAUCCCUAUGAGCCGACUGAAAUGAUCCAAUCCACCGCAUUGGUAAGUCCCCAUCCCUAUGAGCCGACUGAAAUGAUCCAAUCCACCGCAUUGGUUAGUCCCCAUCCCUAUGAGCCGACUGAAAUGAUCCAAUCCACCGCAUUGGUUAGUCCCCAUCCCUAUGAGCCGACUGAAAUGAUCCAAUCCACCGCAUUGGUUAGUCCCCAUCCCUAUGAGCCGACUGAAAUGAUCCAAUCCACCGCAUUGGUUAGUCCCCAUCCCUAUGAGCCGACUGAAAUGAUCCAAUCCACCGCAUUGGUUAGUCCCCAUCCCUAUGAGCCGACUGAAAUGAUCCAAUCCACCGCAUUGGUUAGUCCCCAUCCCUAUGAGCCGACUGAAAUGAUCCAAUCCACCGCAUUGGUUAGUCCCCAUCCCUAUGAGCCGACUGAAAUGAUCCAAUCCACCGCAUUGGUUAGUCCCCAUCCCUAUGAGCCGACUGAAAUGAUCCAAUCCACCGCAUUGGUAAGUCCCCAUCCCUAUGAGCCGACUGAAAUGAUCCAAUCCACCGCAUUGGUUAGUCCCCAUCCCUAUGAGCCGACUGAAAUGAUCCAAUCCACCGCAUUGGUUAGUCCCCAUCCCUAUGAGCCGACUGAAAUGAUCCAAUCCACCGCAUUGGUUAGUCCCCAUCCCUAUGAGCCGACUGAAAUGAUCCAAUCCACCGCAUUGGUUAGUCCCCAUCCCUAUGAGCCGACUGAAAUGAUCCAAUCCACCGCAUUGGUUAGUCCCCAUCCCUAUGAGCCGACUGAAAUGAUCCAAUCCACCGCAUUGGUUAGUCCCCAUCCCUAUGAGUCGACUGAAAUGAUCCAAUCCACCGCAUUGGUUAGUCCCCAUCCCUAUGAGCCGACUGAAAUGAUCCAAUCCACCGCAUUGGUAAGUCCCCAUCCCUAUGAGCCGACUGAAAUGAUCCAAUCCACCGCAUUGGUUAGUCCCCAUCCCUAUGAGCCGACUGAAAUUAUCCAAUCCACCGCAUUGGUUAGUCCCCAUCCCUAUGAGCCGACUGAAAUGAUCCAAUCCACCGCAUUGGUUAGUCCCCAUCCCUAUGAGCCGACUGAAAUGAUCCAAUCCACCGCAUUGGUUAGUCCCCAUCCCUAUGAGCCGACUGAAAUGAUCCAAUCCACCGCAUUGGUUAGUCCCCAUCCCUAUGAGCCGACUGAAAUGAUCCAAUCCACCGCAUUGGUUAGUCCCCAUCCCUAUGAGCCGACUGAAAUGAUCCAAUCCACCGCAUUGCCUGAUAUGGCGAACCUGGUGCUGGGCGAGGUAUGGUAUGGAGUGAUGAAUGCACUGAGUGGUAUAGGCUUUGGAUGUGACUAG